AUGCUUGGGGGACUACAGGAGAAGGAAGAAAAUCAGUUGUGGCAGGGAAUCCUAGAAGAGAAGAGGCACGCCAGUUGGAGGGAUGACAGGGCGUGCAUUCAAGGGAGGUAUGCGGACCCACAAGAGAGCGAGGAAGAGGAAGAGGAGGAGGAGGAGGAGGAGGAGGAGGAGGAGGAGGAGGAGGAGGAGGAGGAGGAGGAGGAGGAGGAGGAGGAGGAGGAGGAGGAGGGGAUGGAAGUGGCGGGGAGCGAAGAGGAAGGAGGAGGGGAUACGUAA